UAUAUACUGCCUAUGUCAUUAUAAGCAUCCUUACCAUCUUCAUGAAUCUCCUUAUUAUAUUCCUGUUUGUCUUCAACCGAAAUCUUCGAAAACCGAGCAAUUUUCUUCAAAUAAGUUUCACUGUUUGUAACUUGGCAUUUGGUUUGGUGGGAAUACCUGCAGUUUUGAUUUGUUCAAUUUUUACUACUUUAUCAUCAGCCUGUACGUUCUUUUUUUCAUCACCUUUUUGUCAAUCUGUUUGAAUCUUCACAUUCUCAUCAUAUCGUACGAGCGCUAUUUCAAAAUCACAAUGCCAUUUCGAUUUCACCAGAUAGGACGGGCAUCCUUCGAGCUGACGCUAGUCCUAGUAAUUUGGUUCAUAAGUAUUUCCGUCACAUGUAUUCAACUUAUCUGGUUUCCUCCUGGUAACAAGCAACUAAGUAAGGCUGGCAUGCGCGCUGACAAAAUUUACACCAUUUGUGUCGUGGCCAUAUUCGCUAUUUUGCCUUUGUUUCUUAUGAUUUUUGCUGACGUCAGCGUCUUUUUCAUCGUGCGUCGUCAGUUGGAUGGUAUAGCCAAGACAUCGGUGACACCCACUGAUUCACAGCAGCGAUUGAAAAAGGAACUUAAGGUUUUGUUUCUGUUUUCUGUGAUGAUGCUGUACUUUGUAAUCUCUUGGUCUUUCUACUACGCUGAUCUUAUCAUGGCAUCCCUAUUUGAAGAAGACCACUUAUAUCUAAAUCGAAUUCCAGAAUGGCUGUGGACAGUCUCUAACCUUUUAAGAUGCGGUACCACUGUGAUAAAUCCAAUUUUAUAUGUUUUGUUCAAAGAGGACUUUCGGAGGGUUGUGUUUGUGGGUAUCAGACGCCUCUUUGCUAAAUACACUGGACAUUCCCACGGGAGCUCAACUAGUCAUGGCUCGAGGACCAGCGGUCGUCAAUCAGAAUCGCGGAAUGUCACAGAAAGAAUGACAUUAAUGUAGUAUUAAAAAUAUAGAAAAAUUAGAAAAAUGGAGAUUGCGUGAACGAGAACCUGCGAGUAGGCAAAGUUGCCUGCAUUGUUGUCAUAUAAGUCAUAUAAUAUUGGCUAAAAGUUUUGGAUCAAUGUAAACUUGUAAAGUUCAUUUAUACAAUUAUCGAAGUA